GAAUCAGUUUCUGAUUCUCUCUAAGUGAAUCCUGUAUACUUUGAAAUAUAGAAAGAGGGCAUCUUUUCUUUUGCUCCAUACUCUCUUGAAUGAGACGAGCUAGACAGUUCAGAGUUGCUUACUAUGGGUCUCAUUGAUCUCAAGAAGAUUAGUCUCAUCUUCCUUCUCAUCUCAGCAUCACUUCUUUCAACUUCAUUUGCAGGUCGGCAAUGGACAUCCAUGGAUAAUCCUGCGGUCCGAACUACUAAUAAGGAUUCAACAAGGAAGCUCUCGCUCAGUGAUCAUGAAGCUUUAACUGAAGUUCAUAAGAAGCUUCUUGGAGUCAACACAAAAGACUAUGGAAGUUACAAUCCUUCCCCAACCUUUGUGAAGCCUCCUUUCAAGCUCAUACCCAACUGAAGAUGAAAUCGUUGAGGCUGCCUUCUGCAUAAUAUUCAUAUAGCCUAUACUAAUAUAUUUAUGCUUAGCCUAUACAUAUAUAUACUAAGUUCUGAAAUCUAUUAAGGAUAUGAUACAGGUUUUAUGUCAUAUAUAUAAACAGGUCUAGAAUAUGUUUAAUUAAUAGAUGGAAUCUAGCUAUGUCUCCUCUAGUAUCUUCUGAGGGAUACAUUAGCAGAGUAUAAUGUACAUCUUAAUGUCUAAUGGUACCAAACGACAUAUGCCAGUACAUGUUGUGUAAGCUUUAAAUCUUGGCCUGUGGUCUUAUUUUAUCUUGCAUUUCCUUUUGUGUUUCUAGUUCAUGAAUUAUUGAUGUUGAGUUGUUGCCUUCA